AUGUCUCAAAUAAAAUCAAGCAAAAAAUUCAAAUGGGCAUUAGAUUUCAAUCAAAAAAAUCGCACACCGACUACAGAUUUACCAUCUCCUCCUGGGUAUAGCCAGUCUGCGAACGCGAACUAUACAGAGUCAUCCAAAGAUACAGAUUCUAAUUUACUAUUGAUAAAGAAGCUUUGGGAUGUAGCACUUGGGCCCUUGAAACAGGUGCCGAUGAAUCUAUUCAUUAUGUAUAUGGCAGGAAAUUCCAUUUCCAUAUUUCCUAUUAUGAUGGUUGGGAUGUUAAUUGUACGCCCUGUUAAGGCUUUAUUUGCUACACAAAGUACAUUCAAAAUGGUUGAAGGCACACAAGCAAUAGGACAGAAGUUUGUCUAUUUCAUUGGAAAUAUUGUCAAUAUACUAUUAGCUCUUUACAAAUGUCAAAGUAUGGGACUUCUGCCUACUCAUUCCAGUGACUGGUUAGCAUUUGAAGAACCUCAAACAAGAGUUGAACACAUUGGUGGUGGUAUGUCUCUUAUAUAG